CUAAUUCCACUAUUUUUGCACUAACGCAAGAGUAAAGGCGCUAAAUGACGGUUCGCGGUUGGAUCCUUUGGCAGGAGCCUCCUUAUUCGCUGCUUGGAGUUACAAUGGAUGAAUGUAGAUAGAUGAAGAAUGUAGAAAACAUCUGUCCUCGCCCUGCCUCGUGUGCCUGUGCAAAGUCCAGUUACAAAGCUGUCGGGCCUUGGUCGGGCCAAACGACAGACAGCCAACGCAUUUACGAGCCCGUCUGUCACGUUUGAUCUAUAAAUGGUGAAGCAGGCUACAAAACAUGUAGUGGAGUUGCACAUUCGCAGGGCUCUCGCUUGGCACGCAGAAAGUUCGAAUCAGGCCCAAGAUCAGGCCCUGCGCCAGCCAGGCUGGCGGCACGCACUGCGCUGCGGCUCUGCUUAACCCGAGUGCGCCUUGCACCUACGAUACAUGCGCGGCAUACCAAUGUGUUGUAACAUGCAGCGGCGUGGCGCCGGCGGGUCCGCUGUGGGCUGCAGCGUCGCGACUGCCGUGCUGGUUAUUGCCAUCUUCACCGCGAUGCCGCACAGCGCGCAGGCGCGCACUCCGCUUACACUGGCUGAUGCGAAUCCAUACGCUGGCCGUAGCCUGCUGCAAACAUCUCUUCCACCUUCGCCCAAGCCGCCUGGCCUUCCCAAGCCUCCUCCUAAGCCACCCGGCCCUCCCAAGCCCCCUCCCAAGCCGCCCGGCCCUCCGAAGCCCCCUCCCAAGCCACCCGGCCCGCCCAAGCCCCCACCCAAGCCGCCUAGCCCCCCGCCCAGCCCGCCUAAGCCUCCGUCACCCUUCCCGCCUUCCCCUCCGCCCUCGCCCCCUCCCCCUCUCCCUCCCUUCCCUCCCCUGGCCCCUGGCACUGCUGCGCCCGCUGGCUACUUCGAGGCUUUGCCCUUCACAGCCAAGGUUGUUUCACUGUCACUGGCCAAUAUUCCCCGCACUCGCAAGUACAUGCAAGGCUGGCGCCGUGUCUCUUCCACCUGGACACCCAUGGCCGGGUCUUUGGACUUAGAAACGAACACGUCAACUGGCUACGCUCCGGGCAUAGCCAUUGGCUGCAGCGGCCCCACCAUCCUUGAGGAAGGAUCCAUCAUCUACAUGGGCGGCGAGUGGGGCAACUCCGGCAACAAGCCCGCGAACGUGGAUGGCCGCUUCAGCGCUACGCGCUACGAUGCCGCCACGGGCAAAUACAUACAAGUUGGCACGCUGAGUGUUCCGCGCUGGUACCCCACCGCCCUCCGCCUGAACGACGGCAAGGUCUUGGUGGUUGGCGGCACAGCUAACUCCGACUCGGGCCCUGCCUACACCUUCUCAGAGCUGUGGGACUCCAACAACCCCUCGGCCCCCACCACGCCCGUCCCGCACCCCGCGGCCUUCAGUGCGAGCAUGGGCCUGAACUACUACCCAUUCAUGGCACUCCUGCCGAACAAGGAGAUCCUGUGGUGGGGCGACCGCGGCGGCUCCAUCACAGAUGAGCACUUCAAUGACAUCCUGAGUCUCCCACCACUUCCCACCAACUAUGGCCCGUGGCACACCAUGUACCCCUACACCGCCACGAUCGCCAUGCACGCCCUGCGACCCAACGCCGCUACUGGUGUCUACGACACCUUCUCCUUCACCAUUUUUGGCGGCCAGAACCCCUACAGGGUCUCGCCUGGCACCCCCGCAUCAAACGUCUCUGCUCGCCUGGACUUUGCGUACUGUGGCCCUACCAACACGGACAUCUGUGUCGUAAACGGCGGCUGGCAGAUUGAGCUCAUGCCCGACCGCCGCCUGCUGGCAGAUGCAAUCGUGCUGCCCAACGAGCGCAUCUUGGUGCAUGGCGGCGCCACGACCGGCCGUGCGGGUGUGUCUGCCACUGGGCUCAAGGCUGCCAACGGCGCCCCGGUGUCGUUCGUGUACAACCCCAGCAAGCCCGAGGGCGGCCGCUACCAGAUCACAGCACCCGUGCUGAUCAUGCGCUCCUACCACUCCACCGCCUGUCUGGACAUCACCGGACACAUCUUCUCUUCAGGCUGCGACGAGUGCGCCCUGCCUGUGCCGUCCGGCUACGAAGGGCUCAUCGACCCCAACCCCACCGGUGACUACGAAUACCGCCUGACCCUGGGCACACCUGCCGAGAUCAGGGACGUGGACCGCCCCGUCAUUACCUCAGCCCCCGACCUGAUCCACCGCGGAGAUGUUUUCACAGUGUCCUACACGUACACCGGCGUUCACAUCACGGGCGUUACCCUCACCGCGCCCUGCGCCGCCACCCAUUGCAUCAACAUGAACCAGCGGGCUGUUGUGCUGCCCUUCACCGUGGACGCCGCCACCAGCACCAUCACUGUCACCGCCCCGCCAACCUCCCAGCCCGGCGUGGCGCCCCGCGGCGAGUACGUGCUGUGGCUGCUGGGUGACGAGGUCGGAGAUUUCGGCCGCACCUACAGCGAGGGCCAUUGGAUGACACUGAAGGACUAGGAGGCGUAGGAGGCUUCGUGUCUCUGCGCGUGUGUGUGCGAGUAUGUGUGUGUACCUGUGUGUUUGACGUUAUAUUGGAGUGAGUGAAGUCUGCUUUGCUAUUUCUGUACAUGCUUUGCUGGUACCUUGUCCAGGGAGCCUCGGCUGACAACUGCUACAAAUUUCUUAGAACGAGUGUGUACGACUCCUGAGUGUGCUAUCGUGCAAUCGUGCGUUCCUGUAAUCCCCCCUUCGC